GCGCCCCCUUUCGGCCCGGACGGCCCACCACGCCCCGGCGCCUAUGAAAGGGUACCAUGUCAGCCGUAGCAUGUCCCAGCAUUCCUCCGGUGGUGGCGGGGGAGGUCCCUGCCACUGCCCGCCUGAGGACUGUGAUGGCCCCGGCAGAGAAUACUACCAGGGUCACAGCGACGGCCAGUACUACCCUCCGGGGGGUCAUGCCGAAGCUCUGGCACUAGAAAGGCAUCAUUCCCACUCCCACUCCCACAGCCACUCUGGAGGGGGUACGUUUCCCCGCUCCCAGCACCCACCUCUCCAGUCGCUUGACUCUUGUGAGGAGUGCCUGUCCUCAGGCCACGGAGGGAAGAUGCACCGCAUUCCACCGAAUCUGAUUGACCAGCUUGAGAAGCAGGUGCCCUUUCAUCCCGAUGGCUUCCACACGCUGCAGUACCAGCGCACUGCUAGUGGGGGCGCUGAACAACGCAGUGAAAGCCCCUCCCGCAUCCGUCACCUAGUCAACUCCGUGCAGCGUCUCUUUGCCAAGUCCCAUUCCCUGGAAGCACCAUCCAAGCGGGAAUACAACGGCACAAGAGGAGGUGGGGACUACCGUGGUGAGAGAGGAGGAGGUCACAGGAGUGGAGGGGAGGACGGUGGAGGCCACUACUCAGGCCACCAGUCUCGCUCUACCAGGAGGAGCAAGUCUCGAGAGCGCAGCAAGAGUGGAGACUCGAGGCACGAAUCGGGCAGACGCCACCGCAGCAGGACGGCGGGCUGGUGGAGCUCUGACGACAACCUGGACAGCGACAGCAGCUACCUGGUGAGCGGAGGCAGACGGGGGUAUCCCAGUGGACACGAAAGCCUUGAUGCUGCCAUCCAGGAGCUCACCAUGAAGAAGCCCAAGGAUCACGGGGGUGGGCCGGCGCCCGCGGAAUGCGUGGCAUGUACCACAAUGGCUUUGGCUGGGCCUGAGGGAGGGGGACACCAAGGACACCAUGGCCACUCAAUGAAGAGGAGCACCUGGUCAGCCAUGACAGUGAGUCAGGCCAGGGAGGUGUACCCGUCCACCAGGGGAGGAGCCUAUAAUAAAGCCCUUGUACCCCUGGAGAGCAAACUGAAGGAGAGGACCUUCCACUACCUGCAGGUCCCCUCAGAUGACUGGGGAGGCAGCUACGGUGGCGGCGGCCCGGGCGAACCCGGUGGAGAGAUCCCUUGCCGCCGCAUGCGGAGCGGCAGCUACAUCAAAGCCAUGGGUGAUGACGACAGCGUCGACUCAGACACCAGCCCCAAGGCCUCGCCCAAGUCCACCCUGAUCGCUCAGAGAGACGCCUUCCGACGAUCCAUCAGCAUGGAUCAGAGGUACUCGUGUAAGCAGUGCACAGAUUCCUACCCUAACAGCCGGACCACGCCCAAAACCCACACCCGCUCUCGUAGUUACACCCGCUCUCUGACCAGCUCACAGCUGGGGGACACAUUGAACCGUCAGUUUGAGGCAGUGUGUGAGACCAUGUUCGGGGAGGUGGAGUCCCAAGCCGUGGAGGCCCUGGAUCUACCGGGCGUGUUUCGCACCCGCAGCCACAGCUACGUCCGCGCCAUCCAGGCCGGCUGUUCCCAGGACGACGACUGCCUCUCCGUCUUCUCCAUGUCAGGCCCCCAGGGAAGCAUCAAGGGCGGGGCCGUCUUUCCUUAUCGUAAAGGUGCUCCUCCCCCACUCCCACCUCGCAUGUCCAAGUCUUCUCUCUCGGUGCGGGCCCAGAGCAGCACCGAGUCCACCCAGGACGCCUACUUCCAGAGCAGCGGACAGUUGGCCUCGGUCUCCGGGCGCCCGAAGCAGCACAGCAACUCCGUGGACAUGGGCAGCUCUGACGGACCCUCGGGUCGCACCUCCAGGGGGGGCUACUACACCGCCACGGGCCCCGGACGUUCCCGACAGCACAGUAACUCGGCAGAGAGCCUAGACGGGGUCAGGGGUUCACGGGAGCUGGUACCCUACGGAGGGGGUCCGGGAGUCGGGGUGAGAGCCAAACACAGCAGCUCAGCUGACAGCCUUCUGGAGGGGCCACCGAGGCCGGCCAGAGAGAGGGAUGGCAAGGCUGGGGGUAGCCUGGGGAAAUCAGUCUCUCUGCCUCAGAACAGCCUAGUGCUGAGUAAAGCUGCAGGGCAGGAUGAAGGAAGAAGAAAGUGGAGUCCAUCAAUAGCUGUACAGGUGGACAGCUCGGGGACCCUGUCAGAUUCAGAGGGAGAGGGUAAAGCUCUGACAGAGGUCCACUCUAUAGGGGUCCAGGUGGAAGAUGACAAAAGGCGGGCCCGUUUCAAGCGCUCCAACAGCGUGACGGCGAGCGUGCAGGCCGACCUGGACCCUGAGGGCUUCCCGGGGCUCAGCAUCGCCGUGCCAACGCAGGAUAAGAGUCUUCAGUUCGGCUGCUCCUUCCAAAGGCACUCGUCGGAGCCCGAGUCGGCCAGUCAGUACGCGGAGUGCCACCGCACCGUCCACACGCAGGGACAGUGGGCCUACAGAGAGGACUUUCUUCAGGGUGGCUACCCCAACGAGGCCUGCCCAGCAGACCCGCGGCCCCAUCCCCACCCGCACUUGCCCCCACGUUCCCACUCCCCUCUGCCCAUCACCUCUGAGCGAGCCUGGGCGGGGACACCGUCCCUGGAGGGCCCCCGCAGCCUGCCCGACUCGGGCCGAGCCUCACCCUGCAUGAGGGACGGAGAGUUCUUCUUGCGCCUCCUUCAGACAGAAGUGGAGAGGAUGGAGGGCUGGUGCCAGAACAUGGAGAGAGAGGCAGAGGAGAACGAGCUGCCCGAGGAGAUUCUUGAGCUGAUUCGAAAUGCAGUUGGCAGCGCCCAGAUGCUCAUGUCUCAGAAAGUCCAGCAGUUCUUCCGCCUCUGCCAACAAAGUGUGGACCCAUCAGCCUACCCUCAGCCCACCUCUCAGGACCUGGCAGGCUUCUGGGACCUGCUCCAGCUCAACAUAGAGGACGUCAGGGUCAGGUUUCAGGACCUCCAGAGGCUCAAGGACUCUGGUUGGAGGCUCCCACCUGAAAAGAAGGAGGACAAGAAGCUUCCUCCUCCUUUACCAAAGAAGCCAGCCGGUGGCGUGAGUGGCAGCCUCCGGGCCGAUGGCGCCGGUGACGUGGGCAGCGGAGGUGGGUCGGGGGGCCUGGUGGUGCCUCGUGUGGGCGGACACACCUUGCCCAUCAGGGAGAAGUCCCUGGACCUCGGGGAUCGUCAGAGGACGGAAGCGAGGAGGAGGCUGCUGCAGACCAAGAGAACUGCCUCCUUCAGGCAGAACUCGGCCACGGAGAGCGCCGACAGCAUCGAGAUUUACAUCCCCGAAGCCCAGACUCGACUCUGAACACAAGGACUGUGGUGUCUCCCUCUCCACCCCCCUCACUCACCUCAAACAGACCUGCCCCUCAUUUUGGAUCUGGUGCGGGUCAUCUGCUCGCUGUCCCUCUGCAUUUCCAUUCUCUCACAUCUGCAAAUGCCAAUAUCUUGCUCAUUCAACAAGCAAUGACAGCCAUUUUAGUGUCUUGAAAAUGUUGCGGACACAGAGGCCUAGACCUGACAUGGUUGCUAGCAGAUUUGAGUUACAGACCUUUUUAACUCUCUGGAUUUCUUUAUUUUUUUCAUUUACUUUGCCAACAAACAGUCCAUUUUUAUAGGCAGCAGAGGUCCACGCAGUAGUAGCAUGCCUGUGCGUGUUCACCUAGCACUUCUCCAUCACUGAAAAUAAAGGGCUUAACAGGCACAAAACCUCUGGCAGAAUCUCCCUGUAUGGAUCCCUGCAGCAGAAUUAGCUCCAUAUUGCGUUUGUGUAAAUCACAGCGAGAUGAAUCAUCGAUGCUACCACUACGGUUGACCCUCUCACUCUCAGUUUAUAUGCUGUUGACGUCAGAUGGUCCUCAAUCCUCAAAGAACAUCCUCCAAACACCGUGAGCCUCCCGCAGCUGUCACCUCUCACCCAGGUGCCAUCUGUCCACCCAGGCCCUGGGUCAACGAAUACGAAGCAACUUUCCGUUUCUCUCCUUCAUUCCCCACAUCCGCAUCCCAUGUGACCACUCUUAGCAUUCAGCCGUGAGGCUGUUUGAAUGUGCAAGUGCUAUUUGUACAUAGUGUGGACACUCAUGUUUGCCAAAAGGAGCUCUUGCAGUAUAGAAUCACAGCCUUGACAACUAGAGAGCAUCACAGUCUAAAGAGGGGAAAAUUUUUUGCAGUUUUCUCUUUACGUAGUCUUUCUGAAGUUUCAGGGUCGGGGGGUUACUGGGUAUUUUUAUGGGAUUUUAUUUUGGUGGCUUUUCAGGACUCUUUACUGGCAAGGCCCCUACUUCACUGUGAGACUAUAGCACCACCAAGUGGUCAAACGUGGACCCAAACCUACAGGAGUGGUGCGUAGAGCGUUUUUUUCCACUUCAGUCAGAAAUUAACAGAUGCCCUGAUGACACAGCCAUGAAAGAAGAUCAGUUUCUUUGUUGUAACUUUUUUUCAGCUCUCUCCCUUCCCCACACUCCUUCCUGUUUUCUUCUUAUGAAUAUUGUUUGAGUGGACGUCCCCUGUGGUGUUUUUUUUACUUAAUUAAGAAGGCGGUAGAUCACUAAGCAAGAAGGAGUGAGCUGCCAAGGUCCUGGGUUGAACCCACUCGCCUAACUUGAAGUACAAUCCUCUCUCUCACACACACACACACACACACACACACACACACACACACACACACACACACACACACACACACACACACACACACACACACACACACACACACACACACACACACACACACACACACACACAACCACACACAUACAGCUGAUGAGAGACGGAAUGAGUUCUCUGACGGGAAUAAAACAAAAGGAGUCGCAUUGUGCGCGGCUCCCUCCGUACCCUUUCCAAAGAAUCAUCACAGAGAGGAAACCACUGGUUGUGAAUUUAAUAGAAAGGAAGCAACUAGAUAGUGUAUUGCUGAGAUUAAGUACCCCUUGUUGUGAAUGGAGUUACACUGAAUGUUUGUUGCACUAUGUGUUCCUGUACUGCCCUCGUUUAUUGACUAGACUUCCUGAAGUCGUAACACCCGGUGUUCCCACUGAAGUGUAGCAUGAUUUAAAAAGCUUUGAAGGGGUCUCAUUUCCACAAUGUGCGUCAGAACGCGUGUUUCCUAUUUAAGUGCUUUGUAUGGAUGUUGUGCACUAGGCCGGUGUGUAUGUGGUGCGAAUGUGGACGGGCUGCGUGUAAUAAUGGGACAUGUGACGAGGCCCAGUGACUACUAACGAGUCCAAAUCAGCCAUUUUAAACACACACACACAAAAAUGUUUAAGCAUGACCUGUUUAAUUCUUUUUCUAAAAAUUUGGAUGGAAUGUGUCGGCAAAAUGGGAUAUUUUAAUGGGAGAUGUAUAUUUUAUAAUAUAAUCUACAUUUCUAGAUUAGUAGAGACUAUUGAGUACAGUAUAUGUACAAAAAAGAAGCAUAUAUCAAAUGUGAAAUACUACAGUAUUAUUAUUAUGAUAGAUUAUAGCAUUGUGUGAAACUUCAGCUGUGUGGCAUAUUCAGACUCAGUAUAUGUGAAAAAGACUUUUAAAUAAUGAUUAUUAUCUUAAGUUUGUGAGUGCUGGGUCAGGUUCACAGGGUAUAACUGGCAAGAGUGUUUAUUGCCAAGUAUGAUCCUCCUUAGAUCUACUGUAUAUCUAUGUGUGGUUCGAACAACAUAUACUGCUGUAUCCCCUCUCUGUAUUUCCUCUUUAGAGCCAACUACACGUGCCUAACCAGCUAUAUGUGGUGGUUUCCUUUGAAAACAGUUUACAGUCCAUAUAUAUAUAUUAUAUGACGGCGAGAGAGAAAGAUAUGUAAAUAGAGGAGUAAAAUCUGCAGAAAAGCUGCAGAGCAUACUGUUAAAGAAAAUGUUUUUAUCGUACUGACACGCCAUCCUUUGUCUCCCUCACCUUCACUUGCAAUACUCACAUACGACUGGCAGACUUUGUUGAUACUGCAUGUUUUGUGACAAAUUUAGCAGAAUCUCUUUUUUUGUUUUGGACCGAUAAAAGUUGAGCAAAAUUUUGUAGCUGAUGAAGCUUUUUUUGGUGUGAUUGAAACAAAAAUGACAAGAGUUUUACAGUGCAGUUGUUUCAAUGAGUCACUACUUUGUACAAAGAUUCUAUCCUCGGAGGACGGUAACACUGGAAACCUUGAAACAGCAGUCUGCGUUUUUUGACUUGAAUCUGGACAGAUCAAUUGAACAACCUCCUGUGUAAAACAAGCUGCCCUGGCGAUGAAAGAAGAAGAAGGAAAAAAAAGGGCUCUGAGUCAGACUUUGUUUUUAAUUCAUUUUGCAGCAGUGCGGGUGUCGGAGCAGCCUUUUAUCCCCUCAUCCCUUCACCUGUGUCACCCUCACACUUGACAACAUCUCAGUGGUGUCUGACUCGGCCCUCGAACAAAGCACAAAGACCUGCUUUUAUACUGUUACUCCACUGUGAACGGACUCUCGACUCCACCCUCCAAAUCCUCGGACCCGCACGCAGAGGGAUGGCACGGCCUUUCCAUUUGGGCCUUGAGGGACACCAGGAAUCAAGGAGGCUUUGGUGGAUAUUUAUACUCGGUAGCAACUUCUACUACUUCUUCUUCGGUUUUCGCUGACUUUCUCCUCUGUACUCUUGAUCACAAGUUGAGGUGUUAGCCAGCCACCUUGCCUUGAAACAGGUCCAUUGCAAACACACUUUUUCGUGGUUGUGAUUUCCAUUCUUUUUUGUUCUGUAUCUAUCUUACCUGCUAUAUAUCUGCACAGUAUAAAUACAGGGGGUCUCAGCUAACAAUGGCACCUGGGUGUAUAGUUGUACAAACAUGAUCCAAGCACUCAACAACACACCAGACUAUUUGAACCUCUCCCUUUCUGUCCUGAAGUGCAAAGACCCCACAUGGACAGCACUAAGGACAUGUCAACUCCGAGUACCUCAGUUUCUAGCAGCAGUGUCUACAGCCCCCGACCCCUGACCCCGGCCCCUGUCCUCAGGGGCUUCUCUAGCAACCACACAACAGGCGGACCCUGAAAAUACAGGACCAGAGCCGUCCCGCAGGAAUGUUGAUCCAUAUGAACAAAAAGGGGGGGACGCUCGCUGUCUGAGCCCAGAUUCUCUAGUAGCCAUUUUCAGAGACUGGAUGAGUGGAGGGCGGCGAAGGAGGGGGGUGAUAGCUCAAUUGUAGCAGGUAAUUGUGCAUCUGCAACAAAGUAGAGCAGGAGGGAUGUUGUAGCAGCAGAUUUGAGAUUUAGUUUGACAUUUCUCUGAGGCAGAGCUGCUCUGGAGGAAAAAGGGAAGUCAGCGGUGGAACCGUUUUUUCCAGCUAUGGAACCAGAGCUAUGAGCUGAGACUGGUUCUUUUGCGAUCAGUGUCUGCAGGUCUGUAGUGAACAAUCACUCUCAACUCGUGUGUCAGCACUGAAUGGCUUUUAAAUAACUAGCAGCAAAAGUUAAUGUAAACGUUCGCAGGAACUAGCUUAAACUAUAAAUGUGUUUCUACCAGGAGCGUUUCAAGGGACUUUGGGGAGCCCAGGCAAAAGGAACCCCUCAAGAAACUCAUGAUACCAAACCAUUAUAUCAUUAUCAUUACAAUUUUAAACAAUUAUUUUACUAUCAAAAAUAUAAACAAGUGCAUAAUGUGAAUAGACAUAAAUGUGCUAAAAUAAUACAAUUUAAGUGAAAACUCCCACCACCCUCCCAGACACAUCAUACACACACAUUUAGAUGUUCUAGUCUUCAACCAAACUUCUAAAAUUGCGAUGAUGGGGGUUCUCACAAUAUUGUCAUCGCUGUGGACUGACAUAAUCAGCUGUUCUUGGGCCCCCCCCUCUGACCUUGGGGCCUACCCUGUUGCAACACAUGUUCAAUGUACCCACCUAACAUUAGAAAACGGGGAAAUUCUAGUAUUACCAUCAGUAAAAAAAAAUGUGAUGUGAUAUGCAAUGGAAACAGAUUAAGCUAAUAAAUUAUGAUGAACAUGAA